AAUAACAGCAGCACUGCUUUUUUAAAGGUUGCUGCUGUAGCGUUAUUCUGUAGCCUGCAUCAUAAAAAUGAGUCAACAGAGGGACAGAAAACCGAGAGCAGGUUGGCAUACAGACUUCCUGAACAGCGAGGAUUAAAAUUUUACACUGAGGGCGACCAACUAAUUCAAACUUUUUUCGAGGAAGCAGUUUCACAAACAGUGCGAGGAGGACGGGAACUUUGGUACAGUGUUUGGUGCGGGAGGUAUGAAUGCGGACAAGGAGGAGCAGGAAGACGAACUUCUCGCCCUACAUGGUAUCUUUGGUUUGGAGGAGUUUGUCCGGGAUGAGUCGAAGUCUGCCGGAGAGAUCCGAGUAUCUGUUGAGCUGCCUGCAGACUUCACUGUGGUUCUUAAACGGGGUGAGACGCUGAGACAGUAUGAGAUAUCAUAUCUUCCACCUCUGCUUCUGAUCUUUGAACUCCCUGAGGACUACCCAUCCUCCUCUCCUCCAUCCUUCAGCCUCACGUGCAGCUGGCUGACACACAUGCAGCUCUCUGCACUGGCGGCCCAGCUAACUGAUCUCUACCAGGCCACUGGGGGCGCUGUGGUGCUCUUCUCCUGGGUACAGUUUCUUAAAGAAGAUGCCCUCAGGUUCCUAGAAAUCACUACUAUCCUGGAGCUCCCCUCUGAUGAAGACAGCACCCAAUACUAUAGCCAGGACACAUUAAAUGCCGCACUCAGAGAACCAAAGAAUAAUCAAUACACUCCAGAGUCAGGACCCUCAGAUAACCAAAGUUGUAAUGUGUCAGAUCCUUGUAAACCAGACCUCUCUGAACCAUCCUUGGAAGAUGAGCAUUCGAUAGUGAUUCUAACUGAUGGCCAAAAUCCUUCAACCUCAGACUGGACCAGCACAGACUCUCAGGGAGCUGUGGCAUUAGACUCCUGCAAGACUGACCAAAAUAAUUCCCACCACAGCCAAGUCCCACUAGAUCAAAGUGGACAAGGAGCUGCUUCUCUGCCAAUCCACUCAAGAGAAUCCCCCCAAAAUGAAGACCACACCCUCUCUGGUCUCUCCCUAACUCCGUCACAAAUUCUCCUGUCCCAGCUCUUGAUCUACGAUGCAGCCCAGCAUCGGAAAGUGUUUGCCACCACAGUGUUUGACUGUGGUGUGUGUUUUAUCGGCCGGCUCGGUUCAGAAUGUGUGCAAUUGCCUGAGUGUGGCCACAUCUUCUGCCAGACCUGUCUCGCCCAUUUCUGUAAGCUCCAGAUAAAAGAGGGGGACGUCCAGGGUGUCACCUGUCCUCAGGCAGACUGCAAUGCAACCCCUACACCUGCACAGGUGAAGAGUUUGGUAGGAGAGGAGCUGUUCAGCCGCUAUGAUCGUCUCCUGCUGCAGAAGACUCUGGACUGCAUGGCUGAUGUAACCUACUGUCCUCGGCGUUCCUGUGGUUCGGCCGUCAUUCAGGAGAAUUCCAGCACUGCAGCCAUGUGCUCUGUGUGCAAAUUUGCCUUCUGUGUUACCUGUAGACAGACCUACCAUGGAGCAAAUGACUGUCAGAAAAAGAUGAACACAAACAAACCAAUAGAAGAAAAGUCACAGCAAGCCGGAGCAAACCUGCCACAGUCACAAGAGGGAAUAAGAGCUCUGUGGGAUGACUAUGCCAGUAGCAGUAAGUACAGGCAGCAUCGUCUGGAGAGCAGAUACGGCCGCAGGAUAUUGCAGGGCACUGUGGUGGAGCUUCUGAGUGAAGAUUGGCUAGCGUCUAAUAGCAAGAACUGCCCUCACUGCUUCUGCAGAAUACAGAAGGAAACAGGAUGUAACAGGGUGAUGUGCUCUCAGUGUCGACAGUGGUUCUGCUGGGUCUGCCUCACCAUACUGCCAACAUGUGGUGGAGACUAUCAUUUUAAGAACCGUCACUGCUCUCGCAUCCAAUACUACCCAGCCUAGUGCCUUAGCUACUUUUACCACCAGCCACUGACCGCCAGUCAUGGAGGGAAUGGAAUUUGCAUUGUUUAUUCUAUAUUCAAAUUUCUUUUACACUGGACUACGCAGAUAAUGCAAACAUGCAAGAUGAUGUGGAGCAUAUUUUUAAACCAUCUCUAAUCAUCUCAACACAGAAUCUGUUCACUAUAAACAUUCGGUGUUUUAAUGCUCUUUUGCUAAAGAUGGGCCAACAAAGUAUUUCAGUCACAGUUCAUACACAAACCAAAAACAUCAAAAAUACAUCAAAAAUUUAAAUUCUAGAUGUAUUUUACAUGUUAAUAUCAAUUUCAACUGAAGCUUUACAGUCAUUCACAAAAUUACACCAUGUGUCUUUCUGUAUCAUGACCAGUAGAUGAUGCUACACUAUCAUUCAGUGUAUGUGACAUGCAUAUCUGCAGCUGUGGAUGCAAAGAUGAUUAGUCUAUGAAAGAAAAUCACCAGUGUGCCUUUUACUUUCCCCUCAUUUAGGUUACUUAGUGGGGUAGCAAUGAUGAUUUUUUUUACAUUUUUACAUUUUUGCUCUAUCUACCAAUCAUUUCUUUGAUUUAUUCAUUAAUGAUGUGGUCUAAAAAAAAUCAUCAAAUAAUAAAAAGACUAUGAAAAAACAAAUACUCACAUUUGAGAGGGUGAAGAACUUACUUAUAAAUGACUUAAACAAUAAAUUGAGUAUUAAAAUUGUUGCAGUUUAGUCUUCUGUUGAUUGACUAAUUAUUUAGGCAACAAACCUUGCAGCUGCAGGGGGAGUUUUAAAUCCUUUCAACUUCCUCAAAUGUACCUUAAAACUUCAAUUAAAGCGUAGUACCAAUUAGUCACCUGUUCCCUUUACUGGCCUGGUGGGACUACAUGUUUUGAUAAAUAAACACAGGUCUCAAUUAGAA